GCGUUCGCUGGUUGAAGGGCAGGAGCUCUCCUCCUUUCAGCAGCAGGCGGUCGUCUGGACACCGGACAGCGUCAGGCAGGCCCUGGACAAUGUCGUCAAGCAGAACUGCUGCUGGGGAAAGAAGCCCGUGGAGGAGAUGGAGAUCAAAAGCAUGAUUCAGUCAGACCUCUGGUACAUAAAGAUGAUAUCCUUCACAGAGGCACGCUCCACUGAAAAGAAGUCGGGGCCCUACAAGGGUGGGGAUGUGGACAAGGACGGCACGCCACCUGGCGAGUGGAGCAUGGACGUCCCGCAGCCGGAGCAUUUCGAGUCUUCCACGAAGCGCUACAAGGUACCAUACUCCGAAGUGCUGACCCAGUGCCAGAAAUGCGGCGGCCGCGGCAACACAACCUGCAAGCUAUGUGAUGGAUACGGAUGGAUUUGGUGCAAGAAGUGCAACGGCAAGAGAUGGCUCUGGUGCUCUAAGUGUGAAAAGAAAGGCACUGCUGGCAAGGGCCGAGGCUCUACAAGUGGCGGCGACGGUGAGAAAGGCGCAGGGAAGAACAGUUCCAAAGGACAUGACGAAAAGGGCGGUGGCAAGGAUAGCUCCAAGGGGCACGAUGAUGACAAGGGCUACGGAAAAGGCGGCACCGACUACGAGGAUAAAGGCAAGGGUAGGGGCUCCAUGGACGGCUCGAAAGGGGCAGAGAAAGGCAAAGGAAAAGACACCUACAAAGGUUAUGACGACAAGGGGGAUGGAAAAGGCAAAAGUGGCUAUGAAGACUCCGGCAAGGGUAGGGGCUCCAUGGAGAAAGGCGCAGGGAAGAACAGUUCCAAAGGACAUGACGAAAAGGGCGGUGGCAAGGAUAGCUCCAAGGGGCACGAUGAUGACAAGGGCCACGGAAAAGGCGGCACCGACUACGAGGAUAAAGGCAAGGGUAGGGGCUCCAUGGACGGCUCGAAAGGGGCAGAGAAGGGCAGUGGGAAGGAUAGUUCCAAGGGGCAUGGGAAGGACAACUCCUCUAGCUCAAGCUCGAGCGACGCUGAGGAAGAGGAAGAGUGCGGCGUCUGCAAGAACUCCGGCUGGUACUGGUGCAAACCUUGCGACAGCAAGGGCUGGAAGCAUUGCCAGAAGUGCAAGCAAAGUGGCAGAGUCACCUGCGAAGACUGCGAAGGUUGCGGGAUGCUCUUAAGCUACUCCGAGCUUGUCGUGGUGCACAGCAAUCAUAAAUGGGAGAAGAAGUGGAGUGCAGCAGAGUCACCGGUGACAGUCCAGGAGCUGCGUGAGUCAUCUGGCCGGGUGAUGUGUUUUCAAGCCAAGUGGGUGGAGGAGGAGUUUCACCGGGCCAACGUAGCUCCGGAUCCGCCGUCGAACGUCCCAUGGCAGCUGGCAGUACUCGCUGAGCCCCUCUGCACGGUGCACAAGGCAGUGCGGCUGGCAAAACUUCCUGCCGACGCUGCCGGUUGCCGGGUGGUGGUGGUCGGCGAUGGGGCGGUGGGUCUCCUGCUGUUGCAGGUGCUGCGUGCCAAAGGCGCCUGGGUGGCCGUUGUGGGAGGCACGUCCUCGCGGCGGCGCCGCGCUGCGGCGCUGGGUGCGGACAUGGUGCUGAAUGCGUCAGAUGGCCCCGUGUCCUUGGCGGAGUCCCUGGCCAGCAAGGACCCCGGGGCGGAGCUUCCUUCCCUGGCGUUCGAGGCAGCCGGUCAUCCUGCAGCUGUGUCCUCUGCCGUACGCCUUGUUGCGCCCGGCGGUCGCGUGAUUCUUCUGGGGCUAUCUGGAAACCAGCUCGCCGAAAUCUGCACCGACGAAGUCGUCCUUCGACAGCUGACGAUCCAAGGCUCGCUGUCUUCUGAUCCAGAGGACUGGCCCGCCGUGCAAGAGCUGCUGUCCCGGGGUCAGCUGGAAAGCGUCGUGACGCACGUGAUGCAGGGCCUGGAGAACUACACCGAGGCGAUCGAAAAAGUCCGAUGUCCACCCGAAGGGAUGAUCAAAGUCAUCGUCGAGCCUGAAGGGAAGACUGACAAGCGACGGCGGACAGCGCCUAUGCCGAUGGGCGGCCAGCUUGGGGCCCAGGGCCAGGGAGACCCAGAGAUGAAGUUUGCAGCGACGGGACCAAGAACGUACCGGAUGGCCGAAGAAGUCAAAGGGACGCGUUUUGCAGUGCAUGUGAACGGAAAAGGCUGUUCCAGCCUGGAUUCGUGGCAUGAGCCACUCCGUGCAGCAGCUGUUCUUCUCAAGAAUGAGAGGUUAUCCCUGGUCUUGCCGAAAUCUGGCGGGUCCCACUUCAUGUGUGGCACCUUUGCUGCACCAAGAUGCCCCCGAUACGUGGCCCUCGUUACCAUCCUCGGCUUGCUCUACCUCGUCGCCGAGAGCCCAGGACAAUCAGAGGAAUUGGGUGCCGAUAUGACCCGGCUGAUUGUCCUCACCGACCGACGAUCCCUCGUUGUUGGCUGGGUCCCUCUGGACCAUGGCACACGCGGCGGACGCCCUGACCUUGAGGCCGGCGAGGGCAUGGUCACCCUCCGGGUCCCGCUUCAUAAGACGGCGACCGGGGGAGGGGUCGAGAUGACCUUUCGGCAGCUUCGGUGCGCCUGUCGGGCGGCGUCUGCCCCGCUGUGCCCUUACCACGCGGCGCUCCGGCACAUCGCUCGGCUGAAGGCGGCCGGCGUUUGGUUCCGGGAUCGGCCCUUAUUCCAGGUUUGA